UUUUUUUUGCUUCAAAUGGCCGUUAACUUGACCAAACUAAACCAACAAACAUAAACUCUAUGAAUUGAACUUCUUCUACAUCAAAAAUAAAAAGGCCUCACCAAAAAAUUUUAUUCCAUAACUUGAGUUGUGAUCUUUUGGAGUUUUGGUUCUCAUUUCUAUAGAAGAAUCUUGAAAAAAAUAUCAUUGGCAAAGAUGGGAGAGAUGUCGAAAAUUCAAUUGGGAGUUAUUGGUGCACUAUUUCUCUCUGUGGCUUCUUCUGUCUCAAUUGUCAUAUGCAACAAAGCUUUAAUGAGCAAUCUUGGAUUUCCAUUUGCUACAACACUUACAAGUUGGCAUUUGAUGGUUACUUUUUGCACCCUCCAUGUUGCUCAACGCUUGAAUCUGUUUGAGGCCAAACCUGUUGACAUGAAAACAGUCAUGCUUUUCGGCAUUCUAAAUGGUGUUUCCAUUGGAUUUCUCAACUUGAGUCUUGGUUUCAAUUCAAUUGGAUUCUACCAGAUGACGAAACUCGCAAUCAUACCAUUCACAGUUAUGCUAGAAACUAUUUUCCUAAAGAAGCAAUUCAGCCCGAAAAUAAAACUGUCUCUAUUCUUCUUACUCAUCGGAGUUGGCAUUGCCUCUAUCACGGAUCUUCAACUCAAUUUUGUUGGAACCAUUCUUUCACUUCUAGCCAUCAUAACAACAUGUGUUGGCCAAAUUCUUACCAACACAAUCCAGAAGAAACUUAAUGUCACUUCCACACAACUUCUCUACCAGUCUGCUCCUUUCCAAGCAGCCAUUCUUUUUGUUUCAGGCCCUUUUGUGGAUCAGAUGCUCACCAAGCAAAAUGUUUUCGCAUACAAAUAUUCUCCAAUAGUCUUGACAUUCAUCAUCAUGUCAUGUGUGAUAGCUGUUUCUGUGAACUUCAGCACUUUUCUAGUAAUAGGAAAAACAUCUCCUGUAACAUAUCAAGUUUUGGGCCACCUCAAAACUUGUCUUGUCCUAGGAUUUGGAUACACAUUGCUCCAUGACCCAUUCACUGAGAGGAACAUUAUUGGAAUACUAGUAGCAGUUUUUGGAAUGGGAUUGUAUUCUUAUUUCUGCACUCAAGAAAGCAAAAAGAAACUCUUAGUUGAUCCUCCUCUAUCAUCUCAGGUUAAAGAUAAAGAUAAUUCACCAGUUUUGAAUGGUAAUCAGGAAAAGGAGGGUCAUGAGUCUAAGAAAUUAAGCAAGGACUCUCUUGUUUAAAGGAACAUGAUUUGUGUUUUUCUAAAGAUGUUUUAUAUUUUGGGGGUUAUCUCAAUGUUCAGGGUUACGUUGUUUAGUGUAAAUCAAAUUUUUGUUUAGAGAUUCAUUUUGUUGCACUCUUUCAAUGUAAAAGAAGUUGUAUACCCUUAAACAAUUAUAUAUUGUCACGUCAUUUAAUGAUUUUGACAAAUUCAUGUUUUAUCAAUUA